UAGCCGAUCACCUUUCUGCUGCCAUGGCUGCAAGGUCAUGCUUCCAAGCAAACGAUUCCGAUAUACUUUUGGCUUCUUCUAUGAAGACAGGCACCACAUGGCUCAAGGCGAUCAUCAUCAUCCCCACGAUUAUGAAUCCUUGUGGUCGUGCCACAACCGAUGAUAACGACGACCCUUCGCUCAAGCAUCAUCCUAAUGAACUGAUGCCAUCUCUGGAAAUUCAGAUUUUCAAGGUAAACAAAAAUCCUGAUCUCUCAGAUGUGCCUUCUCCGAGACUAUUUGGAACCCAUGUUCCUUACCCUAUGUUACCCGAAUCUGUUAAAAACUCUUCUUGCAAGAUUGUUUACAUUACUCGAGACCCUAAGGACUCGUUUGUGUCGUACUGUCACUUUAUGAACUCUGUGGUUACUGAUAGAGUAACAGAUCCAUGGCCCAUGGUUGAAGCUUUCGAGAGCUUUAGCACAGGGAUUCAUGCAUUCGGGUCGUUCCAUGACCAUGUUUUGGGCUAUUGGAAAGAGAGUAUAACGAGAUCCGAGAAGAUACAUUUCAUGAGAUAUGAAGACCUGAAGAAGGAGCCGAAGGAGCAGCUGAGGAAGCUGGCUUGUUUCCUGGAAAGGCCUUUCCAUAAGGAAGAAGAGAUGGAGAAAGUGUUGUGGAGAUAACACCUGGAAAGGCUUAAGAGCCUGGAGGUGAACCAACAUGGCGUCGACCCUUGGUUAGGCAUUGGCUACAAGCAUUAUUUCAGGCUUGGCACUGUUGGAGACUGGAAGAACCACUUCACUGAUGAGAUGAAAGAAAAGUUGAAUUGUAUUACAGCCAUGAAAU